AAUGGCUGCGCCCACAAAGCCCCACGGUCCAAGUAAGGACGGGGCACUGACAGACUUAUCGUUAAUAAAUUUUACCAAUGUGGUGGAUGAAGUGUUAGGAGAAAAGAAUGGAAAUCGAAAAUACCAAGCUCCUAUUAUUAUUGGUGGCAUACCCAGACUUCCAAUGCACAAACAAGAGGUCAGGAUCUCCAAGUUCUUCGAAAGUUGCAGCUUCAAAUUUUGUGCCAGUGGGGUCAUGGGGUUCGCCUUAGGAGGUGUUUUUGGACUGUUCACUUCGGCCAUAGACCCAAUGUCUACGAUGUCUACAGAAACCCCAACUACAAAGAUGGUGCUAAAGGAAAUGAAAGCACGAUCCUUGAGUUACGGGAAAAACUUUGCCAUUAUUGGAGCCAUGUUUGCCACAACAGAAUGUGUUAUUGAAUCAUACCGAGGGAAGACUGAACUUAUCAAUGGAACACUAUCUGGUGGAAUAGUUGGUGGUGUCCUUGGCAUAAGAGCGGGACUCAAAGCCGGAGUAAUAGGAUCUCUAGGAUUUGCAGCCUUCUCAACAGCUAUAGACUAUUACAUGAGACACAUGUGAUGAAAUGAUUAUUCCUAGGAUUUAUAUUCUAAUCUUCAUAACAGUUACUACAUCGGACAUGUGACACAACAAUGGGGAAAGAGUUUCCUAAAAUGAAAGCAUAUGGCUGCCAUUUUGUUUUAGCUGGUGAAAUGAAAUUGGCAUCAUACCUAAUCAUGAUUGCUAUAUAUGCUGAUGAUGAUAGACCAUCAUGAGAUGGCUAUAUAUUUUAGGAAGACACUUAAAUUUUCUAAAAUAUUAAUGGACAUGGAACAAAACGCUUUACUCUCUAAGUGUUGAAGACAUCUUUAUGUGUACAUGUAUAAAGCUUUGAAAAUGUCAAGUCUGUAAUACUAUCUGAUAAGAUAUAUUUUAAGUGUUUCCAUCAUUUCAUUGGUUAUUACGACUUACAUCAUUACAUUGGUUACUUUGACUACCCUACCAAGUAUUUCUAUAAACACCCUGGUUACUAUGGCUACCCAACCUGGUGUUUCUAUUAACACAUUGGUUACUAUGACUACCUUACCAUGUGUUCUUUUAACACAUCGAUUACUAUGGCUACCUUACCAGGUGUUCUAUUAACACAUUGGUUACUAUGACUACCCAAUCAAGUGUUUCUAUCAACACAUUGGUUACUAUGACUACCCUACCAAGUGUCUCUAUCAAAACAUUGGUUACUAUGGUUUCCCUAUCAAGUGUUCUAUCAACACACUGGUUACUAUGGCUACCUUAUCAAGUGUUUCUAUCGACACAUUGGUUACUAUGGCUACCUUACCAGGUGUUUAUAUCAACGCAUUGGUUACUAUGACUACCCAACCAAGUAUUCUUAUCAACACAUUGGUUGCUAUGUCUACCCAACCAAAUGUUUCUUAUCAACACAUUGGUUACUAUGACUACCUAACCAAGUGUUGUUAUCAAUACACUGGUUACUAUGACUAUCCAACCAAGUGUUGUUAUCAACACAUUGGUUACUAUGACUACCCAAUCAAGUGUUGUUAUCAACACACUGGUUACUAUGACUACCCAACCAGGUGAUUUAUAGUUAUUUUGGUUGCUACAGUUUGGUUGGGGAUAUAAUUAGAAACCACCAAAUGUCCAAAAUGUUUUAAAUGUGAGCUCUGUGAGUAGAGUGGGUGUGAGUUGAUACUUUAUGAUAUAGUUAUUAGUAUGUUUUUAAAGUCUGUCAGUUGGAUUGUGUGAAUGUGCUGUAUGAAAAAGAAUCAAAUUUGUGAUAUUCUUCUUGUUGAAAAGUUUUUAAGAAUUUUGUUGUACAAAAUAAAUAAUGAUUUUGUG